AUGAGAAAACACCAGGCUGCGAAGAGAAAGGACAUCCUUGAACUCGUUUUAGUUGUGCUACCAUGGAUUUUACUCAUCACGCUUUGGCUCCAACGUCCUGGCAACUCGUUGCUUCCAGUUCCGAAGGCUAACAGAACUGGGGUCGGUAAAGCUCACCAAAGAAGCUUUAGACUUCAUGAGCUCUGCAUCAUAAAGAACAAGCACAUCACUGAGAUCACCCGGAUGAAAUACGUCCACAGCCACUCUCUACCCUGUUUUGAUGCAUUGCCAACUCUUCAUGUAAUAACUCCAACCUACAGUAGGCCCGUCCAGAAGGCAGAGUUGAUCCGCCUCACUAACACUCUCCUACACGUCCCCAAACUUCACUGGCUAGUGGUGGAGGACGCGGCACAGAGCACGGCGAUGGUGUCCAGACUGCUGGAGAACACGGGACUGAAUUACACCCAUUUGAAUGUAGAGACGCCGCCGGAUUUCAAAGUGUUGAAGAAGCCCAGAAAUGAAAGUAUUCCACGUGGAACCAUGCAGAGGAACCUGGCUCUCCGCUGGCUCAGGGAGAACAUCAACUCCAGCUCGGGUCAUAAAGGAGUUGUGUAUUUUGCAGAUGAUGAUAAUACUUACAGCUUGGAGCUGUUUGAGGAGAUGCGAUGGACUCGUAAAGUAUCUGUCUGGCCGGUCGCCUUCGUCGGAGGUCUCCGGUACGAGACGCCCAAAAUCAAUUCUCAAGGCAAAGUGUUCGGCUGGAGGACGGUGUUUGACCCUCGUCGGCCUUUUGCCAUCGACAUGGCUGGGUUUGCAGUGAACCUUCAGUUCAUCCUCAGCAAACCUCAAGCCUACUUUAAGCUAAAAAGUGUAAAAGGCGGAUACCAGGAGAGCAGUUUGCUACAGGAUCUGGUCACUCUCAGUGACCUGGAACCCAAAGCCUCUAACUGCACAAAGGUACUGGUUUGGCACACCCGGACAGAAAGACCCCUGCUUGUGAAUGAAGGAAAAAAGGGAUUCACAAAUGCCAGCGUGGAAGUAUGAUGAACUGCUGUCAUGCAUUUUUUUAAUACCGAAGUAUCCUGUCAAAACUGGACUAGCAGCGAGAAAGUAUUAUUCAGCACACUGAAUUUAAACUGUCCCCUUGUCAAAGACAGAUUUGAGUAUUUGACUAAGACACUCUCACUAAAGGGCAACUCUUAAUUAAAAGGGAUUUAAUGGAAAUGUAAAGAGUCAAACUCUUGAAAGCUUCGCAACAACUUAAUUCCCAUGUCUUUUGCACAGAUUUUUGCCCUAUUUGCAGUCUGGAUUAGUCUAACUGCCAAAAGUCAGAGCCUACCAAUUUUAGGCAGUUAGAGUUAACCGAUUUUGCCGAAACUUGCAUGGUGGCCACUAGCUCUGAUUUUUUAGCUUGAGACUAUAGAUGCGUCCCAAUUCACGUACUUAUGCACUAUUCUAUGAAGUUUUUAAGUACAAAUAAGUACUUAAUUUCCAAAAAGAAAAAGUGCACUUUAAAUACCCGGAUGAUGCACUAAGUUAACGGAAAAAACAAAGUGUGGAAUAUUGGACACUUCAUGCACUCAACUGUCACAGAUUUAAUUACGUAGCGGAGGGGGAGGGGGUAUCGGACUCCGUUGUUAAAUGACAAAAUAACCUUUUACAUUUCACGUACUACAUGCAUGAGUACAUAGUGCAUAAGUACAUAGUGUAUAGUGCGUCAUUUGGGAUGCAACUUGUGAUUCAGUCUAGUUGGAAGAUAUCAAACAUGUUCGAUAUUUUGAGCCAAUUUUAGAAUGGAUAUCGUUUUCAUUUGUCACAAAUCUCCUAGCAACAAGGCACAUGUUUCUUCGUGAGUUUGUUGUGUUGGAACCAUAGAUAUAUAAACAUAGCUGCCUCAUUAUAUAUAAACAUAGCUGCCUCAUUAGUAGCUGUUUCUAUUGGCCACUGUAUGUAAGCAGUCCGCCAUAUUGGAUCAGUCAAAACACCGGUCCAUGAACAAUCGAGAGCAAAUUGACUGUUCGUCUGCAACCGUAGUUAGAUGCAUGUAUGAAUAUCUACUUGCAAUAGACUUCAGCAGAUGAUUUUGCUAAACUAACACAAUACAACAAGACAAAGGCAUCAGCUAACACAACAUUCAAAAGUUAUCAUACUAUAAAAACCUGUAAUAUUGAGUUAUUACAUAUAAAAACACAAACCAACACAUUCUCAUAGUAUAAAAACCUGUAAUAUUGAGUUAUUACACAUAAAAACACAAACCAACACAUUCUCACCUGUGAAAUGUUAUUUCAUUUCUUAUGGAAUUUAAAUCUCGGCAGUUUCACAUUCAGAAGCUGAACAAUGUUGUGGAAUCAUUGAUUCUUACUGUGAGUGAUGACAUCCUGACCGUUCCAAGAUGGCAGGCUGAUGUGUCUGGAGUGGUCGAAUGUGGCAUCUGUGUAUACAUAUAUCUAUAGUUGGAACGACUUGACAAUCUGGUAGUGUGUGAUCCUGCAAGUGUAUGAUGUCCUGUUUUUCUCUGUGAUCAUUUAUAAAUUAUGCAAAAUGUAUGAUGCAUUGUGUUUUUAAAUUUCUUCAGAUUUUAAAGGUCGUGUAAUGAUACAUAACACUGCUGCACAACAACUUCGUUCUCAUGCUCUGGAAAACUUCCCUUCUAACAGAGCUUUACUAUGCUGAUUUGAUGUGGGAGGUCAGGUACAAUUUGGUUAAAAAUAGUAUUUGCAAUGAUGCAAACAUCAUUGCAAUGCAUUAACAAAAAUGUAGCAUCAUUGCAAUUGAUACAAAUUUUCUAUUAAUUGUUUAACAAUCCAACAUUGACAACUUUUUGUUCAUUUAAUUUUUUUUUGUUCAGGCACUUUUCUUGCGACGAGAAUACAUUUAAGUUGGUCAGUGAAAAUUUUCUUUGUACUUUUGUCAGUUAAGUAAAGGUUAAAGAGAAUGAACAAAUCACAGAUUCUGGAUUUUAUUGCAUUUUACAAAAUGUCCCACCUUUUCUUGAAAAGAGGUUGUAGCCUAUAAUAAAUUAAUUUAAAAUGUAGGCUACAAGUAUGUUAAAUCUGCCCUUGUUGUAAAAACCUGAACAGCUUUACAACGAGAGCACUUUUUUUAAUAGGCCAGAACAUUGCGAUUUAUGUUAUGGUUUAUUAGUUAAUAAUUGCCAGAGUUUUACUAGGGGAAAGAGCGUAUUUACAACAGGAUUUAAGUUCAAGUUUACUUCUGCAUUCGUGUCAUUUUGUGCAGAUGCAAGUUAAUAUUACACCUAUUGUUUUCGUCUGAUUAAUCUUAUUUGGGUAGGCUAUAUUAUACAUUUGGGUGAGUUCAUUAACCCUCUAGUAAAAGGCGUUAUUUUAUCAGUUCAUCCAAUUUCAGAAUUUUUCUUAAUCACAAUUUUUUUUUCUAAAGGUAUAUUGCAAAACGGAAUGUGGAACAAAAAUCGUUAUAUCUCAAUUAUCGUGUUUUCAUAAUCGCUGCAAGCCAAAAUCUCAUGAGAAAACGUAUGUAUUUUUACGUAAAUUGUGGUUCUACCACACGUACAUUUACUUACGUUUUCAUACACACAAAAACGUACAACAUUGACGUAUUCAUAGCACUAAGACGUAAAAAUACUUACGUAUUAACAGCAAAAAAAACGUAAAUCAUGUAACGUAAAGUGUGAAUGUAUAUGAAUUCCCAUGUAUUAAUAUUAAAUAUCGUGGCUUUAAUGAUUUAACGAUGUUUUUAGUCGAAUUUAUUGAAAGCAGUUUACUCAUCUACUUAAUAUGAAAUAACAUUUGUUUGUAACUUGUGCUGCUCGUUUCGGAGGAUUACGUAAUGUUAAACAAGACUACAAUUUGAAACCUUAUGAAUAAAAUUUCUGUAAUUCUUUAACCAUUUUGUAAUAUUUAGUUUGUUUGCUGUGCGACACAGAAGGCGAUUUCUCCUAUGCAGCGACUGACAAUACAACCAUAAAAUAUACCAAAGCACAACAUAAAUUCACAAAUCACAUCCAUUUUAUUUGUUCGCUGUACUCCCAAUCUUUAGAAUCCAUAUGUUUGUAAGGAACAGAUCCAAAUUCAGCCCUUUAUCCAUCGAUCUUCAUCUUCGUUCUCAGCAACAGCGACCGUCACAGUCAAAGCUCGCGCUCGUUAUGAUUCAAAUUUGAAAGUAGCGCCACCCUCGAGAAGCGUUACGACAUGGUUUACGGCACUGAUAUCGAACGCUCAUUGGUUAUCACCUGCUUCGUCACAGAUUGCGACAUGCCGUGUUUCAGUGGAUUGACAUUUGAAAUGAGUGCGCGCCUUCGCGGAGAGUAGCCGGAUUUAUAUUUUCAUGGAUUAAUAAAUUAAAUUCUGCUCUGUACCCUACCGCCAGAGAGGACUGGAACUCAUCAUCGCACAACUACUUUUGGUACCACUUUUGACAUUUUCGCAAAAAAUAAAUUAUUGUGAUUACGCUUGUUUGUCUGUCAUUCUUUUAUUUAUAACAGUAGGUAGUUUAAAGAAAUGGUUAUGGGUAGAUUUAAGGGUAGGUGUAGGAUUAGUGGCUCAAAAUAUCGUUUUAAUGUUAUAUUUUCACUAAAAUUGUCAUUUUCCUACACAUUUCUGUUCUUUAUGUUUUAUUCUUUUAACAUUCUGUAUAAAAUGGGUAGGUUUAGGUUCGGGAUGGGGUUUAGGGAUCUUACAUUUAUCUACAAAACGAUAAAAUGGAAAUUACACAUAUAUCUUUAUGCCAUGAAAGAUUCGUAAAUAUUUUACGUUUUUUCGCUGUAAAAACGUACGUAUUUUUACGUUUUAGUGCCAUAAUUACGUCAAUAUUGUACGUUUUAGCACCUUUCUAAACGUACAAAAAUGUACGUUUUGUGUCUUUGAAAGUUACGUAUUAAUACCUACGUAUUAACA